AUGCCUGGCCUGGAAAUUCCGGGCGAGUUCCUACGGCAUGCUGUCCUUGAUACAGUGGUGCCUCAUGCUCCAGCAAUCGAUAUUGAAGGGGCAUUGACCUCGGCCCUGGAGGACGGGGCAGACGAUCUUCCCUCAGUGCUUUCCUCUAUUCCCCAACGGUCGCUUCUAUUCUUUGACGAAUCCCUCCCAGUUCGCGUUGUACUGCGGCUCUCCGACUGCACGGAUACCAUUCUAAAACAUUAUUUACCCCGUCUCGAAGUCCGAUUAGAUGUAUUUGCAGUCGACCCUGUCGAGACGGUGGCGGAUAAUCCGACUCCAGCUAGGGAGAUCAUCUUCUCUGGGAUUGUGGACACAAGAGAGGAGCCAUUAGUGAUCUUCAACGAAUUCGAGGGUGAGGACGGGACUGGGAACCAUGUCUACCUCAUUUGGAGCAUGGAGACAUUCCUGAAGCGCCCUCGAAACCGCAUUUCGAACCCGUCGCUCUUAUUCAUCGCUUCUGCGAGCCUCAACCCUUCUGAAUCCAACCGACAGGAAGACCCUGAAGACGAUUACCUACCUCCGCUCGUACCUGCGUCGACGAAUAUGUUCCAGUCCUUGUCUGGAGACAAAGCUCUUGCGCACAAAGAACCCUUUCUCCCUGCAUCAAGGCUGUUACGGGUUAUACCUACAACGUAUCAGGAGGAUCCCAUAUACAAUAUUCAGCAGCAACAUGGUCACCCCUUCCGUGUGGUUCCGGCAGCCAGUGCCAGAAUCCGCUAUUCGCGAUUGAAUUCUUAUAGUGGUCUCCCUACUACAGUUGCCAGCCUGGAUUUCGAAGUGACUCCCUUUUUGACCUGUGCGGUCUGCUUUGAUAAAGCGGAUGUUAAGUUGUCCGAGGGCACGCUCGAGCCUCUAUCGGCCGUACAAGGUCUAGAGCUUCCCAUAACCUGUCGGCCUCGGGACGACGUGACACUGAUGUACAAACUUACCCCCGAAUAUGGUCCCGAGACCAAUCCGUCAUCAACUGCCAUGAUGAGUAUGCUGGACAUCUCGCUAAGCGCAGUCAUCGUUCUGUCCGAAGAAUGCAAGCCUCGUAUUACUAUGCAAUGGCGGACCAAUGUCGAUUUUUCAUUGCCCUUGAACCCUACUUUCGGUGGCCCCAGCCAGGCGCUUCAAAGAAGCAAUCGCCCUACCAGCUUGUCCAUGCCCCAGGGCCAGUCUCAGAUUGGGUCGCUUCCGAACAAUCGGCCCUCUCUACGAGAGCGAGCUUAUUCGGUCACCGAUGUGGGAGUUACCAUCUCCUUCUCGGGUCCUUGUCGCGUGCAAGUUGGAUCGCCAUUCUCUUGGGACGUGUUUAUUGUGAAUCGUUCCAACAUGCCGCGCAAAUUCGCUUUAAUUGCGAUUCCUCGACGCAAACGUGUGGAUCCGCGGGGCCAUAUGGCUCGUCCAUCGUCAUCAUCCAUCUCGAGCCGAAAAGAGGCUCAUGUGGCAGAGGCCGUGACGGACGACAACAUCGUGCACGCGAUGCAAAAGAGCGUUACUGGGCAGGAGGCUGAAUUGAUCAGUUUGAGCACUGACAUUCGUGUUGGCCCCCUCUUGCCUGGAACUUGCCACUCAACCGAACUCAAGCUCCUACCCCUUGCGACCGGCCCUCUCCAUUUGGAAGCGGUACGCCUUGUGGAUGUGAAUACGAACGAAACGACUGAUAUUCGAGAUCUGCCGGACAUUCUGGCCGAUGACCAACCUCGAGUCGCUGCAUGA